AUGGCCGACGAUGUACGAGGAGCUGGAUCUAGCCCCAAGAACGAACCCGCGCAUGUUGAAACUACCGAAGAUGCUGAGACGCGAGCUACUAGACGUGAGCUUAAGCAGUCAUCCAUCUCUGAUCAGCCUGACAAGACAACUGUCACCGAUGACGACCGUCCGGAAACAUCCUUCGUGGGCGUAUCGAAUGAGAAGAGCGAGGAGCUGAAAGAGCAGGUCUCGUCACCUAAGAAGAAGCGUGCCCAUGACCAGCUAGAAGAGGAACCAGGGCCACAAGACAACGAUGCUACUAGUGUCACCUCCACCGACUCCGCUAAAGACAGAGCCAUGCGGCUUGAGCCGGAAAAGAAGAGACAUCGUGAUGAAGAGCCGGCUGAAACCGUUUCGAAUCCUCCCCCAGUCACAGAAAUUGCGGACCAAUCAACUCGAGAUGAUAGCAAAAUGCCUAGUCAGCUGACGAAAGAAGGUCCCAGUAAUACAUUUGCGGAGUCAGCAUUUGGAAAACUGGCAUCAAGUUCUUCAGGCUUUGCGGCUUUGGGAUCAUCCCAAGGAGGGGGUUUCGGCUCAGCUAAACCAGCUUUAUCAUCCUUUGCCUCUAUGCAGCCUGCGUCGAGACCAGGAACAAGCGUGACGGAAGCAAACAAAGCGCAAACCGAAGCUGGCUUAAAGCUGUCGCUUCCUUCGAAUUCAGGCCUUUCGCCUUUUGCAGGGCUCGGCUCGGGGGCUAAUGGACUGGGAAGCAAUAGCUUUGGCUCCGGACUGUCGGGAAUUAAGCCAUUGAGUGGAUUCGGCGCUGUCGGUGCGAAAACCCUUCAGAGCGAGAAGGCAGCAAAGCCCUUCGGAGCGCCAGAGAGUGACGUGGAUGACGAUGAUAAUGAUAAUGACAACGCGGAAGAGGACGAUGCGAGUCAAGCUGACGAUCAAGAACGAGGCGUAUCGCCGGAGAAAGAUGCAGAUGAAAAGAAACGGCCAAAGCUCCACAAGAUCGCGGUUGAUGAUGGUGAGGCUGGUGAGGUUACUGUAGUGUCUGUACGAGCGAAGAUGUUCUGUCUAGACAGGAAAGAGGGCUGGAAGGAGCGGGGAGCCGGCAUGUUAAAAAUCAAUGUCCCUAAUGCAAGCGUUGAUUUUGACGACGAGGGUGCUGUGGUUCCAGGCAGCUUCGACGCAUCAUGUCUAGAAACAGAUGACGAUUCUGCUGAUGGUGAGUCUGCAGGUCCCAAAGUUGCUCGUCUCAUCUUGCGUCAAGACCAAACCCACCGAGUCAUACUAAAUACCGCGAUUCUCCCCGCCAUGGAAUUCCAAGAGAAAGCUUCUCUGAAAUCCGUUGGUAUCUUAUUCACCGCUUUUGAAGGAGCAGAAACAAAACCUGUGAGCAUCACAAUGAGGAUGUCUGCAGCCAAUUCAAAACUUUUUCUGAACGAAGUUGGCGCAAUACAGAGGGAACUGCGAGGCAACUAG